AUGAAGGCACGAAAAGAAAAAAAAUGGUCACUAAAACGCGACGCAUUGGAGGAAUUGACUAAAAAAGUAACCAAUAAAAGGCUAAAGCAGGGCGACUUCACUCCAUUGGUCACUUCAUUAAAAGAAUGCCUCGUUGAUGUGAAUGUGAAUGUUUCUAUUUCUGCGUUAAACUGCGUUGCUGCUCUUGCUAAAGGUCUGGGAACUGCCUUUUCUUCCUAUGGCUUACUCUUACUUCCUUGCAUUUUUGAUAAAUGCAAAGAAAAAAAGAAAAACGUUUUAGAGCCUUUACGUUGCGCCUUGGAUGCUAUUUAUGAAGUGGCGGAGAUUAGCGAAGUGCUUGAGCUUUGCAUAGAAGGUGGGCUGAGCCAUAGAAAUCCUAAUGUGAGGAAGGAAAGUUGUGAUUUUCUUACGAGAAUAUUUUGUUCUGUUGAUAAGCCCAUUCCGCCUACUUUUCGGGAUAAACUUUGUUUGUGUUUACAGCAACUUUUGAAUGACAGCACUCCGGAAGUUCGGGGAAGUGCCAUGCAAACUUUUGGAACUCUUAUUAAACUUUUUGGGGAGGCAGCUCUUUCAAAGUAUCUUAAAGAGUUGGACACUAUUAAAACUGCUAAAGUGAAAGAGUUCAGCGAUAAAGCAGUUGUUAAAGGAAUGAAAAACGAAAAUGUUAUGAGGAAUGUUCCCCAAAAACUUAUCAAGGAGCCGGCAACCAAGUUACCGGCUAAAGAAAAGCACUUGGCUAAAAAGCCUGCAUUAAGCGGCUUGGCCCCCAAACUUGCAAGCAAAAUUUCUAUUAAGACGGACAGUUUGAAACGUCCUGUAUCCAACAAAAAAGUUAACGAAGGAAAACAAAGCGUUACUAAGGAAAGCUGCUCGUCAAACUCUAUUGAUUAUGAUAAGAAACCAAAACUUCCCGAAGAACAGCUAUUGCAGGCUGAAGAGGCGAUGAGAAUAUUGGACUCUACUAUUCCCGCUUCUAUCAAAACUGGACUGAACAGCAAACUUUGGAAGGAACGCUACGAAGCCUCGAAAGAGUUGCUAAAGUUUUUAGAGAAUUCCGUGCAAAGUCGAUUACCUCUUCAAGCUUUUGCUCAUUAUAUUAUUCAUUAUAUAAAAGAUACAAACUUUCAGGUUGCCGGUACUCUUUUACAGUGUUUAUUGCAACUUUUUAAAACGGGCAAGGUGACUAUCCAAUCAGUCUCGGUAAUUUGCGAGGCUGUGCUAGAUAAGCUUCCCGAUAUGAAGAAUGGAAAAGCCGCAGGAGAAAUUCUAAAGCUGCUGUGCGAGCGCACCUCAUUAAGCCACGUGUUUGAAAAAAUUUAUGGCAGCGCGCUGGCCCAUAAGAAUCCCAAAGUUUUAUCUAACUGUUUAAUAUGGUUGAGUGAAACUAUUCAAGAGUUCGGACUGCUUUUAAAUUUGGAUAAAAGCAUAUCCUUUGCGAAGAGCUGCUUAUGCCAUAGCAAUCCUAUUGUUCGCAAGGAAGCUGUAAAGUUUUGCACGAUAUUGCGUUUGUUAGCUGGAGCGCAUAUAGAAGUAAAAUUCCAGGAAGUUAAGUCUCCUCUUUUGUUAACGUUGCAAUCAGAAUUUUCCAAGGUUUCCGGUAUGCUCCCCCCCAAGCCCACUAGAAAAAUAGAAAACGAAAACUUUCUUCCUGCAGAAAAUGAGACAAUAUCUACUGUGGAAGCGGCAAGAACGGAUAUUCGAGGCUUCCUAGCAAAAGAACAUAUUUUAAAAGAUUUAAAAGAUAGUAAUUGGCGCACGCGGAACGAAGGAAUGCUCAAGCUUCAAAAAGUUUUCGCAAAGGCCAACUUUUGCGUGGAAGCGAACAUAGGAGAACUACCAGAAACUUUGUAUCCACGACUAUUUGAUACAAAUAAGAACCAAGUUGCUUUGGCUCUCCACGUGCUUGGUGAUAUGGAAAAGCCUUCAAGUAAAGCUCUGACUGAGACCGCUUCUCAGCUAUUGGCCCCUGUUAUUCACUGUUUUGAGGACCGUAACGCCGACGUACGCAAAAAGGCGGGCACGUUGCUUUCUAUUUUUAUGAAGUAUUUGAAUUAUGAAAGUAUAAAAAGUAAAGUUGAGACAGCGCCAAUCAGCAAGUUUUCUAUAACAUAUGCACUUUCUCUUUUGGAAAAAGCAAAAUCUGGCUCUGAAGUUUCUUCUUCUCCCAACGAAUCAAAACUCUCUUAUUCCACGCGUCCGUCAGCCCCCGAAAAUACAACGGCAUCGUCAGAAGAGCCCGAAACGAUCACUUGCCAAUACCAUUCUCUAACUAAUGAAGAGCAGAUUCCGCAUGCUUGGCCAUUAGUAGAGUCUAAGCCAAUGAAACAACCCGCUUUUGAAAAUUCUAACUCUGAUAUGAGGGUUUUUGUGUUUGAUCCAGACGAUAGCAGCAUCUCAUUCGACAUUAUUGUAUCCCAUCACCAUUCAGUUGAUGUUAAUUUGUUGAAAAAAUUGAUGUUGCAAUGCGUGCAACGUGCACUUUUUUACCAACUUUUUAGUGAAGCCAAUAGAGAAAAGUUAGAAGGGCUGCAAACUUUAUGUGAAGCAUGUUCUUCUGAACAGAAUAAUAAAGCUCUUGUCAAAUGUUUACCUCUUUUAUUAUAUUAUGCAAAUUGGCUUUUAACACUUCCCUCGUCGCCGCUUCAUUUAAAAGCACUUGAACUUUUAGAAAGCCUUUUGAACUGGACUUCUUAUUUUGGCGGGCGGCUCAGCGAUCAACAGAUUUCUUUGUUUAUUGGAGCGCUUUUUGAAAAAUUUGAAGACGUUUCUACCUGCGAAAAAGCUAAACUUUUGCUACGCACGUUGUGUAGUUGUUAUCCCUCUAAUAAAGUUUUUCUUCUUCUUCUGGAAGCUGCAAAGUCGGAGAAAAUGCUUAUACGAAAACUUUGCUUUGAGGAAAUGGAGGGCGUUCUUGAGAAGUACGGAAUUACUAUUCUUCCUAAAAACUUUUUGGAACUUCUUCUUUUUGCAUUUGACUCUGAAGAUAAAAGUGUGAAGCGUUCCGUUUUUUCUUUUUUUAAAAAAUGUUAUAGCAAAGUUGGACCGAAAAUGCUUGAAAAGUUGAAGGGUUUAUCUUAUUCUUAUCAUAAAAUUCUUUGCAUAGAGCUUGGCUUAGGCGAAGCUGAAACCGCUUUAGAGAAGAAUUUUAGUGUGAACCAAAAAAGCAACACGACUCUCUCAACUAAUGAACCCAAUAAUCCCGACACCACUGCGGUGAUUGGUUCAGAAAGCAAAUCUCUUGAUUUGUUGUUGAUUGAUAUUUUAAAUGUGGAAGAUAUUACUUCGACGAUUUCUUCCUUGGAAGACCUUCAACGUCGACUACUUUCUACUAAUAAAGAGGUGGCGGAUUAUCCCUUUUCAAAUAUUCUAAUGCCUUUAACUAUACAACUGAAGUUUUCUUUGAGAAAGAUUCGCGAUUCUGCAUUAUCUAAUCAUCCUGAUGAUAUUAAGAACGAAAUACAACUUUUUCGCGCUGUUUACGGUGCACUCGUGGUCUUAAUAGAGCGCCACGGCGGUUUUAAAAGCAUCACUAGCGAGGAAUUAUCUCCGCUUAUUCGGGAAGUUUUGUCUUUUUUGUCCAAUCAAACUGCCUGCGUUACUUGUGAUGCGCACUUUGGGCCUCUUGUUACUAGAGCUGUUAAUGAUCUGGCCUCACACAUAUUAAAACUUUCCGAUAAAACUAUUAUGUUGUGCACAUUAUUGGACCUUCUCACCGAAUCAGCUAGAUUUUCAGAUGUGAAUUUUGUUCAUUUUGUCUUGAAGGGCAUGUGGAAGUUAUGCAAGCCAAUGAAGGAUAAACCAGAGCUGGUGAUGUCAUUGGACUGGAAAGUGAUAUACGCCUCGCUUAACCAAUUUUUUAGGGCGCAUCCAGCAAAAUGUUGGCAAGAAAUAUUUUGGAGAAAUAAAGAAGAAGAUCAGCCUUGCCGCACUGCAAAGACUAUUGUUUCUUUACCAGUGCGAUAUUUUCCUGCAGAAUAUAUAGAAAACACCUUAAAGGAACUAAAUGUUAAAAAAGGAGAAAUGCUAUACGAAUAUGCUUUAAAAUUUAUUCGAAUUAAAAAUCCGCAAUAUCAAUUUUCUUCUGCUUUCACAAAAUGCCCUGAACAAGAAGUCAGUGAUUGUAAUGAAUCUGAAAUUGCGCCAUCUACACUCGCAUUGGUCAGAAAUAUUUUUGAGCGUUUAGAAACAAAAAUUAGGCAGCCGGCAUUCGAGGAAUGCGAGCUUCAGGAGCUUGUAAAAGAACUUUUUCGAAUCCAACGAGAGUUUCCUGAAAGUUUAAAAGUACUACCAAAGCUUAUUAAUAAGUUUCCUAACUUUUAUAAAACAUACAUUCGUCGCAAUCUUGAUUAUAUGCAGCACGAGCAAAACAGUUUAUUAACUUCUUCACUUCCACUGCAGGGAAAAGCUUUUUUAAAUGAGACAAGCGGCAAAGAUGAAAUAACGGCGAGACUCGAUAGACUAAAAAGAGAAACUUUUAUGGACGUUGAUAAAUAA